GAAGCCUUGAGACUCAGCUUCAUUAUCAUAUGUCACCUGGGCCAAUAUACAAAGUGACUGCACAUAAGGGGCUCAGGCUCACAGACUGGCAUCACUAUCUCCGGACCAGAGCACCAGGUGGUAGCACAGCUCCUGCCCACUGUCAGUGAGCCCCACCAGCCUGCUCACACAUGGCUCCACUGCCCGAGGUGGGCAACUAUCUGGCCGGCCUGGACACCCUGGGACAAGUUGGUUCUCACUUCUUGCUGCCUCCUCCUGCCAGAGAUAACCCCUUCAUGUACAAUGACCCCCUGGGACAACCUGAGCGCCUCUCCCGCAGCGCUCCAUCAGACCUGGCACAUCUCCAGGGCAUCCUGCGCCGCCGCCAGCUCUACUGCAGGACUGGCUUCCACCUCCAGAUCCUACCAGAUGGCAACGUGCAGGGCACCAGGCAAGACCACAGCCGCUUCGGUAUUCUGGAGUUCAUCAGUGUGGCCAUUGGUCUUGUCAGCAUAAGAGGGGUGGACAGUGGUCUGUACCUUGGAAUGAAUGAUAAAGGAGAACUCUUCGGAUCGGAAAAAUUGACUUCCGAGUGCAUCUUCAGAGAGCAGUUUGAGGAAAACUGGUAUAACACUUACUCAUCAAACCUAUACAAACAUGGGGACUCUGGGAGGCGGUACUUUGUAGCACUUAAUAAAGAUGGUACGCCAAGAGAUGGAGCCAGGGCUAAGAGGCAUCAAAAAUUUACACAUUUUCUGCCCAGACCAGUGGAUCCAGAAAAAGUGCCUGAACUAUAUAAGGAAGUAAUGGGCUAUAGUUGAGGACAUAGACAAAGCCUGCCCGCUCGCUAUACCAAAACAGCUUUUUCUUGAGGAAAAGUGAAGACAAAGUUCUGUGAAAGGACUACAGUCUCUCAUGCCAUAGGUGACCAUGACCAAAGAAUGCUGAUGAUCAUAGCAAGGACCAUCCUCACUGUGGAAGAGGUUAACGCAACUGGUGGGUGAAGCAGAGAGCCAAAAUUCAGAUGCUGCUUACCUAUGGAAUUACAUGGCUAUGUAGAAAGAGAAUUGGACCAUCUGUGUGGUACGAUGACACCUCCUAAGAACUUUUAUGAGUAUAGGAUGUGCCAGUGUGCAAAGUCACGUCAGAUUGUAAAUGUCAACUAGGAUGGAACUGUAAUUCAUUACUUCCCUACAGACAUCUCUAUCUUGACAGAGACAAUUUUCAACCUGUGGACUUAAUAUACAUAUAUCUAAAAUAUAUAUUUAUUUUUUAUACUUAUUUAUUUAGAAAUUCUAUUUUUUACCAAUGUGUUUUAUAGACCGGUCCUAUAGAUUUUUGACCAUGGGUUACAGUCUUAUAUUUUUUAUCAGCUUCUAAGACAUUCCAAAUUUGUGACUUUUUUUUUUUUGGGAAACUUUGAUUUUCCAUAACAAUUAGAACUAUAGUUUCUGUCAUCAAAAUACCUUGUGUAUUGACAACAAAGGGAGGUAUUGGAAUCCUGCAAUGUAUAUGAAUGCCUUA